CUGUACCGAGCGCCAUGCCGUUAUUGUGAUGAAUAAAAAAAAUAUUUUCGUAAAUUGUGUGGUGCAGAUAAGUUUAUAAAUUUUGUGCAGCUCAUUUAUGUAAAUGUGAGAUGAAAUAAUAAAGAUGUCGUCGUGCGUGUUGUGUGUGUAAUCCAAAUUUAUUGUUUGGGGUCUCAACUGUACCGAACGCUAAUGUAACAUACUAUGAUACUGUACUGAUUAUAUGAUUAUAAUGUUUAAUGUGUCGUACCGGUGAAUUUCUGUUGAGAACGAUUAAUUAUUUUGAAAAGUUCCGAUAAGGGCAAAAAUGAUUCCAACAGAAGAUUUAAUUGAAGCAGCGCAGAACAACACUGAAGAAGAUUCAAUUUAUGUCGAUAUAUAUCACAGUGCUGAAAGUGGUUUAGAUGUUGGCGAAGAUGAUGCUACAAAUGUGCCACAGAGCAACAACAAUAGCAUUAACAGAAUAGAUUCAUCGAGCACUGACUACAAGGCAAACUUUGAGUUUAUCCGAAGAAAUAAAUUCGAAGUAUUUACUGCUAUAAUAGGACUGGUAUUAGCAAUUCUCGACUGGUUCUCCGACAUUAUUCAAGGAACUGCAUAUUUUUUUAACGAUGAAUUAGCUAAAGGAUUUCUAACACUUGGCACUGUUUUUAUCUGUGGUCUUGUUUCACUCGUGAUUUUCGAAUCAAGAAGGAUGAAAGUAGGACGUACUUUCACAUAUUCAUCAGGCAUGCGAUGGUGUAUGAGCUUUCCUUCUAUUCAAUCAAUCGUACUGUCAAUUAAAGUGGCAUUGGUAGCCUUGUACCCAAAUCCCUACAGAAUGAAGCACCGCGCACGAUUCGUCGAUUAUAAGAGAGGUUUGCAGAGAGAGGCAACUAUUUUCAAGAGAAUUGAAACAACACUGGAAUCUGCACCGCAGGUUUUGUUACAACUAUACCUCAUUAUAAUGGAAUUGUCAUCUGAAACAUUUUCGAAGAAAAGGGAUUUUCUGUUAAUAUUUAAGAUAAAUGCAGCACUUCUGUCCUUCUUCACCAUCUUCACAUCCAUAGCCAGUGUGUCGGAUGCAUUGCGUGGUGCCUACAUGGAACGGUUUGAUGUGAGAAUUCCAUUAAGUUUAAAACUCUGUCUAAACUUGGCAGCAUUUAUGAAGUAUUUUUUAAGAAUCGCAGCUAGCACUUUAGGAUAUGUCCUGUUAGCCAAAGGCACUCAAGUCAUGCUUGUUACAGAGAAGUGGUCAGCGAUAUUUGCUUCGUUGAUCGUCGCUUUCAUGAUCAUUCUUUUGCCACGAUUAGCAUUUCUGUUUGUCAAAUUGAAAUUGGAAAAUCGGCAGCUAAUAGAUACACAGCGUCCGACAAAAAUCGACGUUAUAUUGGAAGGUGCUCUGCAUUUUUUUGUAUCGCUGUUCACUUCCAGUAUAUUUAAAAUACCAACAUCACCUGAAAAUCCUGGCUCAAUUCAUCAUUCCAUGCUGAAGCCAGCGGAAAAAUGGUUUAAGAUUUACUUGAUUGUGGAACCAGUGAUACAUUUGAUGUACUGGUGUCUUCUCACCCAUUUCUUUUCACUGUCAAAUGAGAUUUCACAACUUAUAAGUUUUUCAGCCAUAAUUCUAUCAUGUAAUGCGCUGCAUUAUUUAUUCAAACUGAUUCUCCUACCCAGAACUGUGAAAGAGUACAACCAUUGUAUGAAUGAUUGGGAAUUGGUUUAUAAUUCUCAAAAUACAUUGGACUUACUUAGAUUUGAUGGUCAGUUUUCUACCACUUGCGAACAUCUAGAGAGACGUAUUCGACAUUCUGUGCUAUGCCUACAAAAUUAUGACCAAUUACCACAAUCUUUCUCUGCUGAUAUAACCAUGAGGAACACUAACUCAGUAGGACAUCUUUCGGAAGUUCAGGAUUCAGUUAGGACUCACGUCCAGGCAACUGAAGUAUCUAGUCUAGUUGACGACAGUUCAGAUGAACAUCGACUUCCUGUGAAUAGACUGCAAGGGGUCUGCCAAUUAUCAGAAACUAUCCACUCACCGAAUCCUGAUUCACAAAAUAGUUCUACUGGAAACCCCAUCAGCUUUACAAAAUUGCUGGUAUUUUACAGUCGUUGGCGAAAUCGAUUUAAUAUAAAAAUUAACUUUUAUCCCAACGAACCUGACGAAACACAUUUUGCUGUUGAACUGACUAAAUCUCGUCAUAUUCAUUUUCUAUUGACUUAUACAACUUUGAGAGUGGUGCAAUGGAUACGGAUACUGAUAAACAAAUCUAAAUUUUCAGAACAACAUACACACAUGUUAGCGUCGCUUGUAAAUGCAACCGAUGAGCUACUCAUUUGUCUGCGGGAACGAGUAACUGAAGAUAACUAUAAUCCACCAAGAAUUCCUUUGCCAAUUGGGACAUACUUAAGUUUCUUCCAGUACGACGAACAAAUCGAUAUUGUCAAGAAAAUAUUUUAUGUUUACCACAACAAUGAGAUUGAUUUUCAAUAAACAAUAGCAGAAAGAGCGACGCUCCCAAAAAUUAAUUUUCAAGGAAUUGCUCUUGAAUCUAAUUUCAAUGAAAUGAUGAAUUGGGUCGGAAAUUCGUUAAAUUCGAUUUGUUUUUUGGUUCUAUUUUCACAAAAGAUUUGCUUUAACAUAAAUAGAACGUAAUAGUAGAGUGGCACUUUUAGUUAUUUUUAGUAGUGUAAAAAACACUAACUGCAUUUUUCCAAGGUCGGCGGAUCAAAAAGGUUUAAAAAUAAUAAUAAAAUCAGCCGUUCCAUGUUAGCAAACCAUUUCUUUGUACACUAACAACGCACUUCAAGCAUUAGAGUUACUCAAACUCAAAAUAGAGUACUGAAAC